CUUGCAAUGCCGGAGUGCAUCAUGCUUCUUCACCAUCUAUCCUUUCAUUUCUCUUCAUUACCCUGCUUGACGCAAGCUACUUUCUUUGUUCACUUCUCGACGCUCUUUAUGCUUUAGGAGUUGCAGUUAUCAAUCAAUCUUUCUGCCUCGUCAUUUUGGUUUCGUUUUCUAUAUAACGCAUAAGCUGGCAGCAGGUACUUCUGAGAUGUUCGCAUAUAUGUUCAAAUCAGCCCUUUUGGCUCCUCUGCUCGGGGCUGUCGUCUGCGCUCACACUGCCUUCACAACCCUCUAUGUCGACGGCACCAACCAGGGUGACGGCGUUUGUGUUCGGAUGAACCGGAAUUCUUCUAACACCAACUUCCCAAUUGAACCCCUGUCCAGCAAGGACAUCGUUUGCGGCUAUGAGGGCGAACGAGGCGUAGCCCGUGUUUGUCCAGCGAAGGAGGACUCCAUUCUAACCUUCGAGUUCCGGGAACAUGCCGAUGGCUCCCGUCCUGGAUCCAUUGAUCCUAGCCACAAGGGUCCCUGUGCAGUCUACAUGAAGAAAGUCGACGAUGCCGCCGCCUCCAAUAACGCCGCUGGUGAUGGCUGGUUCAAAAUCUGGGAGUCCACCUACGACGACAACGCCGGGAAAUGGUGUACCGAGAAAAUGAUCGAUAACAAUGGCCAUAUCUCCGUGAAGAUUCCCCAAGGCAUCCAAGGCGGGUAUUACUUGGUUCGCCCUGAGCUUCUGGCUCUUCACGCUGCGCAGAAUAAUCCUCCGGACCCACAGUUCUACGUGGGUUGUGCUCAGAUCUUUCUUCAAUCAUCGGGUACUGCGCAACCUCCUACUGUAUCCAUUGAUGAAGGGACGUAUAACUUGAGUAUUCCCGGAAUGACCUAUAAUAUUUACGCUACACCUCUCGCUCUGCCUUAUCCUAUGUAUGGUCCUCCCGUUUACACGCCGACCGCCAGUCCCAGUGCAACGUCUUCAGCGAAUGCUGCAGUUGCAGCUACAGAAUUGCCAGCUUGCAGUCUGCCGGCGGCCAAGAGAUCUAACGAUAACGAUUCGGGACUCGAAAGACGCGGCGAGCAAGUGCAAAAAGUGGGCCUGGAGCCUGCCGGUUGCAUUCUCCAGCGAGACAACUGGUGUGCCUUUGAAGUUCCCGACUACACCACCCAAGACGGCUGUUGGCAGUCCUCCUCCGCAUGCUGGAAUCAAAGCAAAGCUUGUUGGGACAUCAACUCUCCGGUCGACUAUCCUCAUUGCAAAAUCUGGGAUACCAAAUGCCAUGAUAUCGACGACAAUUGCAGCAAUAACAACUGGGUUGGUCCUCCGAAUAAGGGCAAGGUUCUCACGCCCGCUUUGCCGCCAUUGGACGGGUCCAUGGCGGUCUUUAGCAGGAGCUUACCUGCAAUGAAACAUGUGGGGAGAUAUCGUAGGAGGCAUGGCAUGUAGGGCUCGUGGGUGGCUUGAACGGGUUCAAGAUCAUCAUCCAUGUUUCAAAAUUCAUGAUCUACAUGUGGGGCUGGUCUCAACUUGAGACCCGACGGUGUCCGAUUUCUUCGCUAGGAAUGGAAAAUGGGUAGUCAUGAUGCCUGCAUUGCUAUGGACGUCGAUUUGAUUCCUAUCUCUUUAUAUCAAAGCGUUUUUCGGGAUAUUAUAUGCAUAUGUAUGAGUUGAGCUUUCUUCAGAACCAUACAGAAGAUUCAGCGCAGAACUUGGAUGAGAUUCUGCCUUUUUCAUUAGCCUCGACAAACUGUGAAUCUAUAUAUCCAGCAUUUACCCUAAAUUCAUUGUACCCUGAUCGCUUAACGCCAAUAAUCAAAUUCAUACCAUCUGCUUGUUGAAAUGAAGCACAAUGGCACCGUCUGUACGCGUGACCCGCGAGGGAAAUAUCUCCAACUUCUGUUUUGAUCCUGUAGUAGCUCUUCGAGAUACAUCUUGUCUAUCUGCCUGUACUAUAGCUUGACCUGCAGCCUGGCUGCCCGUGUGUCCG